AUGGUCGAGAUUCUCCCCGUCCCUGCUCGGCCGCCCACACCCCCAAGGCCAGGCUCUCGCCUUGAAGACCGAAAGUCGCCAGUCGCUCAAACCCCCGGGCAGUCAUCCCAACCAGAUUCCAGGGCUCCUCCAUCAAGUCGCGGAUCCAAACGUGUGACUUUCUCGCCAUGGCCCCACAUCACCACCACAAUUCAGUCGCCGCGGUUCCUCAAAAAGUCCAAAUCGAAGGACAGCCCCAACGUUAAGAGUCCUCUCUCAGUUGACAACCGGCCGUUUAAAUCCAUCCUCAAAGAGACCAGUUCUCCGAUUCCUGUGUGGUCUCCCAAUGUCGAUACCUUUACCACCGAAUCGCUUGCCAUGCUCCUCGAAUCGGUCAUCCAGCAGUUGGCUGGAGAGUCCAUAACCUCUCGCCUUGACGCGUACAUGCAAUUCUUUGGAGCUUUGCGUACAUAUGAUGGAUUACCAGCGGGAAGAGACAUUGCUGAAAAAUUAAGCCUGAUUACAGACUUUAUCCAGCGUGAUGUCAGUCGAAAUCUUGUGGAUCCCGCGCCACUGGACACAAAUCUCGCCAUCCAGGCUUUGAAGCUCUGCAAUGCCUUUGUGUGGCACAAAGAAAUCUCGGCGCAGCUCUCGGAGGAUUUUAGGGUUUUCCUCGUGGAGCAUGCAAUCACUGGUCUCCAGGAAGGCAAAGCGCCCAAGUCCGUCUUGACACAUUACAUGUCAAUAUUGGCCACUCAAAACUUCGGUUCCAAAGUCAUGUCUAGUACUCGAAUCACUCGCAUUCUCACUGUUUUACAAGAUGAGAACCAGCGCAUCGCCGGAAAAGCGAUUGCGCUGCACCGAUUGAGUAUUUAUCAGCGCCUUCUCACUCAAGCCAAGGGAACGUUCGUCUCCCAUUCUACACUCUGGGUCGAGCAAUUGGUCCAUGGCCUGCUGAAUCAGGUGAAGGAGACCCGCGCUAAAGCCGUCGCACUCGGUUUUCAGAUCUCUAUGGCUGCAGGACCAAGCCCCGGUGUUUCCAAGAGCAUCCGCGAUCUUUUUGACCGACCGAUUGGGAGUGACAGGAAAAUGGCCGCCGAGGUCCACGAACGCAUGUCAAGGAUGAUGGGCUCCGUUGAUAGCGGGGUUCAUGUUCCACAGGUCUGGAGCGUUAUCGUCCUUCUGCUUCGGAGUAAGAAGUGGAGAUUGGACCAAUGGGAGUACUUCAAGGAAUGGGUUCUUGUUCUUCAAAAGUGCUUCAAUUGCAGCGAGCCUGUCAUAAAGGCACACGCUAUUGUCAGCUGGAAUCGAUUCGUGUAUGCCGUCAGCCCCGAUGAAUCCACCGGUCUGGCCCUGCUGAAGAUGCUGGGUAGGCCUGUUCUCUCGCAAUUUGAGAAAAAGAAGUCGGAUAAGUCUGCUUCGCCACCCACACAACUUGCCUUGGCUAGCUAUUAUAACCUGCUGUAUUAUACUUUCCGUCCGUCUUCCUCCCAUCGAUACCUUGAUAUGAUCUGGGAGGAGUAUGUUGCCAUGCCAUCUACAUGUACGUUUUCAACAUUGCCGGCUCUCAGCGACAGCGCUUCCCGUGUGUUGGGAAACAUCUUGUGGACCCAACAAGCCAAAGUUUGGAGUGAGAAUCGGAUCAACGACAACAACAAGAUUGAGGUGGACGAAAUACCUUCCGUUGACCCAAAAUGGGUACGUUCGAGAAUAUCUGUGGUUCUGAAGGUCUUUGAAUCCUUGUUCAAGUCAUCAGUCUGGGAUGAUGACUCCCUCGAGCGUUCAAAUAUUGCCUCGGCCUGGAAUUGCCUUGGCAGUGCUCUGUCUCUUGCCUCUAGCAAAGAAAUCACACCAUCGGGCGAGUCUAUGCAGGCUGUUGCAAGUGCUCUUGGCCUACUUCAUCGUCUGUGGAUUGCCGGACCCCCCUCUUUGAACGCGGUUGGCGAUAAAUCUACGGAUAUCUUUUUUGAAAGAUUCAGAUUCCUCUCCAAAACGAUCAUCUUGUCACUUGGCGGAAUUCCAUUUACCGAAAAGCUGUUACUGAAAACUUUGGAUGGGAUGUCCGAGGCUGGUAGUACCCCGACACAUCACCUGUCCGGCGCAGGCACCGAGAUGGAUAGUCCCAUUCUUCAUCUUUUGCGAAUAAUCAGGACCACCACCGUGAAAACAGCACCCACUCUUUCCUAUAGACGGCUGGUUGAUGAGACCAUUGGCGCGUCAUGCAAUGGCAGGAUCUCACGCGGGUCCCGCCUCGAACUUUUACAGCAAUGUGCAAAUCUCAGUACAGAAAAAUCCCCACUUUCUUCUCAUCCGUCGUUGUCUCAUGAAGAGGUUUGGAAAUCCAGUGCCCGAGCGGCUGCAGAUACCGUGCGGUCAUUCCCAGUUGAAUCUGCCCGCGAACGUGAUGGUUCUGUUUCACGGGAUUAUGACAACAUUACAAAGACUCUAUUGUAUGGCUUGCAGUUUACGGAUUCCUCCCAAGAGUGGUCAAAUCUACUAGGUGCAUUCCUGCAUGUAGUGGAAACAGAGAAGGGUGAUCGAGUCAAUCUGAUCGUUGUGCCCCUCGCCGAAGGUCUUCUAUGUGUUCCCACCGAAAGCUCUUAUCGGCACCUAACAUCACUACUCAACCAUGCCUCUUCGAUUUUCUUCACACAAGAGACUGGACUGGGAAUCGAGAAUACUGUUACUCACCAGGAAAGCUCAUCAUUGAUUCCCGCACAGCUGAUCGAGGCGAUCGCAUCAACUCUGCGGUUGGCAUACAGACUUCUUGGUUCCCUGAAGACUGAUGGUCUGGAUGACUUCUUGACAGCGUUUUCUAUCUUUCUCGGCUCUGGCACAAAACAGUUCCGCUCCAAUCUUCUCCUCAUGUUGCAGCCCACUCUUGCAGCAUGGAUGAAAGAUGAAGAACACAAGUUUGAUGUCUCGGGUGGCGUAGAUAGCCAAAUUAAGAAUGCGUAUCGAUCACUGUCAGAUGCCAUUCUUAAUGUGCUGGACACCUGCAUUGACGACACUUUGAAUUACAAGAAGUUUGAGCGUCUCAUCUGCGAUGGGCUGGAGUCUACUCAAAUGUCAAGAGCCCUUGGUUUCAUUGGCUUCUGGGAACAGUCGGAGACCGCUCGCAAAGCAUUCGGUGAUUCAACUCCAAUGAAAGAUAGGGCACGCCGAAGCAAAUCUCGACUUAUCGCCUCUAACUUUAUCAUGGAAGACCAUGUUGACAAAGUGGAUUCAACUCGGCCCAUCCUCGUCGAUUCUUCUCUUGACUCCUGGGAACCGCAGGCCUUGAGUACGAACAGCCCCGGUUAUAUUCCUACCAGCCCUGAUCUGCCAGAAUCGCGUGUAGACUCAUCGCAUGGCUCAAUCAUCUCUCCCUCCCUUGAAAGAAAGCCGGCCAAUGCUGGUGAAAGUGCAGAGUCGGCUGAACCCCAGUUGCCUGAUGUGCAACCCGACCUCAGAGAAGAGCAGAUCACCGACGACAUUUUAAGAGCUCAUUUUCCAACCAACCGACGAGAUUUCUUUCACGGGGUUGCAAACAUCGGGUCCUCUUCUCCCGUCAACACUUCUGAAAGACCUGGCUACGAUACGCCAGUCUACGUGCGCAGGCUGCAGAUCUUGCAUAAAAGCUCUGAAAUUCCAUUGACACCAACUCUUGCUCCUGCAGAGAACGAGGAGGGGUUCGUCGGCUCUUCGCCAACUCCUGCAACUCGGGAUCCGACUCCGGCCAUGAACUCUGAUAUUCCUGUUUUGAAACAUCAAAAUAUCACGAUCGAUGCGACAGAUCCCCCGUCCUCGCCGCCAGGGCUAGAUUCCCGCAGUCCUAGUCCAAACAAAAGCUUAAGGCGCAAGAAAAAUGAACGGCGGAGGUCUGCAAAAGCCAAAGAAGCGAUGCUUCGUCGUGCAGCCGAGCAGCAAACCGAUAUGAACAGCCCUGCCCCAUCGAAUCCAGACAAACAGUACGCCGCAGAACCCGCUCAGGACAAUGUGCCUGAAGACCCCAAGGAAAACAACGCAGCUGUUCAAUCGGAUGAAAGGCCACCGAGCCGUCGUACGCGGUCUGCUUUGGGCCAUGGCGCGUUCAAUGACCAGAACACGAGCUCCAUCGCACCAAUCGAAACACCCGCCAAAGACACCGAUUCUCCUUCCGUGCAAGAUAAUAAGUCCAAAUCUGCGUCCAAGAAGAAAAGAAGGAGGCGGAAUUCAGCGAAGCCGACGAAUGAGGAGAACCAACAAACGGAACAGGUCGAUACUAAUGACCUUCUCAUCCCAGCUCCAGCGCCAGCUACAGCUCCGGAUUAUUCUAUCGAUUCCUCUAGCGAGGACGUGGAAACGCAAAUCGCCUCUCAGCUUGAACAAGACUUGGAACUCGCCGUGGACUUGCGUGAGAAUAUUGACGAAAUUCAGCGUGAAGAACAACCGCGUUCACCAGUCUCCACAAAGAAGAGGAAGCGGGAUGAUCACGAAUCUCGUACGCCCACUGCAAAGGAUCGGCGUCGAUCAACUAGACUGUCAUCGACCAAGGAAGUCGAUGCCGGUGACAUGGACGAACUGGAUACCUCAAACAAAUUAUCAUCUCCGACGCUGCGCCGUUCUACCCGUGGCUCUCAACGGAAUGACGAAACCACAACUGAAGUCUCUGAAUCGACGCAGGAGCAUAAUGAAGAUGAAGAAACUCCGCGACCCCCAUCGAAGCGAUCACGCAAACUCGUUCAACUCGAAGAUCAAUCCACCCGGGACAGUACCGAAGAGAGUUCCACUCAAGUCAGGUCAGCUCCAGACACGCGCUCACGCAAAACACGAUUGUCUAGACGUCAAAGCAAAUUACUUGAAGAUCAACAAGAUGAUCAGGACGUGGUUCCCGACAGCCUCCCGAUUGUCUCGACCGAGGAGGCCACCGACUCUCAAAUGACAGACAUGGGCUCGUCCAUUGAUGCGAAAAUGAACAUGGAAAUUGACAUGUCUCAUCACCAGAGACUCAGCGUGGUGAUCGAAGAAGUGGCGAACAUCGAUAAUGCCGAAUACCACACUACACCACAACUCCCCCAGCCCGACACCGCCGAAGAGGGCAUCGCUGAGUCACUGAAGAAGCUCCUGGGUGACAUGAAAUCGGCGGCUUUGGGACCCGAUGCUCUCCGCGAGGUCGACGACUUGCUUUUCAACAUUCGUAUCGAGGCACAUGAAGCAUCACACCGGUACAGUGCAUAG